ACGCUCUAGACUUCUACAAAAGAUUGACAAUAGCUGGCUAGAUACAUACAUUAAUUAUCCAGUUACUGGAGAGGGAUUGGCUUGGUGGUUGAUUGACUAGUGGUAAAAACUAGCUGGGGCGUGUGGCUCGUCAGGAGGGAGGGACAAUCAACACUUCAAGACCUCGCCUACUUUAGCUAACGUUACCCUACUACUGUGAUAGUUGCGUGAACAACUUCGCGAUAUCGCCAUCUCUCUCUGCUGUUUUCAGUUCCAAAGCGACACUGCUGUGUCAAACCAGCACAACAGCCCACCAUGUUCCGCAGUAGGGAUAAAAAAACGCCAGAACCGUUCCAGGAUGUUUCGCAAGGUUUGAAGAAACUUUACCGGACUAAACUCUUUCCCCUAGAGGACAGCUACCAAUUCCACGACUUCCACUCACCGGCGCUCGAGGAUGCCGACUUCGACAACAAACCCAUGGUUCUCUUGGUCGGUCAGUACUCGACCGGGAAAACUACUUUUAUUCGGCACCUGAUGGAGCAAGACUUCCCCGGUAUGAGGAUAGGGCCCGAGCCGACGACAGACUCUUUCAUAGCCGUGAUGCACGGUGACCAGGACGGGAUGAUACCUGGCAACGCCUUGGUUGUCGACCCCAAAAAACCCUUCCGCAAACUCAACGCGUUUGGGAACGCGUUCCUCAACAGGUAAAUACUCAUGCCAAGUUCCCACGCCCUAGUAGAGGAGCUUAUGCCUGUUGUAAAGUACAGUAUGCAAAUAGGCUAUACCUCAUACGGUAGGACUAACAGGCAGCAACUCAUUUCAUGACUUGAAAGAAUGAUUACUAGUUACUGAACAUACCACUAAACGUUGUUGCUUGAUUGUUGAUCACCUGAUCUGAUGAAGUGUCAGGUGACAAUCAUAACGUCAUUGACAGUGACACCUCUCUCAGCAUUCCAUAUAAUACCUCCCUCACAAGCCACUGCAUGUUGGGACUCUUUGAAACAAAACGAUCUCUACUGUUGCAUCAUUCCUCCUGUCAUUUAGCCCAAGGUGUUUACCCCUUUAUUUCAUCACCACAACAGAUUGUAGCCUCUGUUCCAUCCAUCACACACACCUGUUGUUAACCCACCUGGAAAAGUCACCUUGCCAAGUUGAGACAACCUUUUCCCCUUGGCUAUUUGAACAGUGUGUAACAGCACAGUAGUAACAGCUGGCCAACUCCCACUGAGGAUAUUUUGCCACUUAAUUGGUCUUUUGACCAAUCAGAUCAGAUAUUUUGUCACUAAUUGGGCUGCCUGUCUAAACGCAGCGGAUUAGUCAGUACUCAACAGGUCUUCUUGUGUGUUCAAAUACUAAUUGUCAUGACAAAUCAAAGCGAUUCAGCGAUCCCGACUGCUCUAUGGCGCAUUCUGACACAACAGUCAGUUGUUCUAGUCUGUUCUACGUGGCAUUAUGACAACAAUCAAUGAGAGUUUGUCUGUUCUGGGGCUUUAUGUGUGUUCUUGGUCCCGUGUAGCUCAGUUGGUAGAGUAUGGCGCUUGCAACGCCAGGGUUUUGGGUUUGAUUCCCACGGGGGGCCAGGAUGAAAAAAUGUAUGUAUGCACUCACUAACUGUAAGUUGCUCUGGAUAAGAGCGUCUGCUAAAUGACUAAAAUGUAAAUCUUUCAGACUUCAGACUAAGGCUGGGAAUUGCCAGGGACCUCACGAUAGGCGUCGGCUAAUGGGGAUCCCAAUAAAAUCAAAUAACUAAAUAAACCAUAAUAUCAAAAUACUAAGGUACGAUACGAUAUGUAGGCUAUUGCGAUUCUCCCGAUUCUAUAUGAAUUGCGAUUCAAUACUGUGAUUUUAUUGCGAUUUGAUGUUCCAAACAUAUUGCUCACCAUAUAUCUGCUGCAGAGGGACAAGAGAGCCAUGAGAAAACAAGUUUUGAUCAGUCAUGGAAAUAAGUGCUGAAAACAAAUUGGCUCCCUAUUUAAAAAAAAAAAGAAAAAGAUGGAGAACAAGCUAUGAAGGAAAAAUACUAGCGUUUUGGUGGAGGUACAGCCAACUAGUGCCAAAAUAAUAUUGUGAUAUUGUCAAAAACGAUACUAUACGAAAUCGUUAUCCCGAUAUGUAACAAUAGCGAUUAUUUUAUUUAUUUUUAUAAUUACUUUAAACACACAAUCCCUCAAGGUUGUUUUAUUGUAGUGUCCUUUGCUGAAGUAUCCACUAGAAAGAAGGCCUAUCCUCUCUGUGAGAGCUUGGCUGGCACCACAAGACACAGCACCCAAACAGAUGGUCAGAUAAACCUGGCCUUGUGUCUCUCUGUGCUGCAGACACAGUCUGAAUGGACAUGUUUUAGAGGAAGUAAUGUGCUCAACACUGAUGCUGGACUACACUGCUGCUCACCCCUGUUCUGGGGUACUACAUUACCCAGGGUGCCUCUGUACAAUUGAUUUCCGUUGGCUCAUAGCAGAGAAAGUCAAUGAGGGUCAAUUGAUAAUUAGUCUCACUUAGAGGCUAAUUGUUGAGAUGAGCAAGGCAUCACAAGGCCCAUGAGACGGGCUCUUUCACAACAAGACUGAGGACUAUCGUAACCGAGAGGGCAGCACAGACACAGAUGGUGAGAUGAUUAUAGGUCUAUAACCAUAGCGUUGUCCUUUAACUACCACAACCAGCCAUCGGCCACUCUCUGUGUGUGUGUGUGUGUUCACAAUGGGAGUAGUAAGAGUCAGCGGGAUGGGGUUCCGUUUUACUGAACUCAGCCUGUUAUUUCAGGACACUGACUGACUGACUCUGCACAUUACUGCACGGGGGCUUCCAGUAACAUCUCAAAGGGAAAUGUGUUGUAAAGUACUUAGGUGUACUUGUCUUGCACCCAAUGUCCACCACGUCCUCAAGCCUCAUAGUAUUUCUUCACUUUGGGAAGUUGUGGGGCUGCCUGAUGAGGGGUUCAGAGAGGGGUAGAGAGGCAGGGAUGGGGGUUACUGUUUGAGUAGUGUGUGGUGGAGAGAGAGAUUCUGAGGUUAGCGCAGUUGUGCUGACCCUUUUGUAGAAAAUGUUAGAUAAACGGGAAGGCUUGGACUGUCAAAUCAAAUUUUAUUUGUCACAUGCUACAUCAACAACGGGUGUAGACUAACAGUGAAAUGCUUACUUACGGGCCCUUCCCAACAAUCCCAAACACAAGGAACAAAUACACAGUGAGUGACGAUAACUUGGCUAUAUACACAGGGUACCAGUACCAAGGUAAUUGAGGUAGAUAUGUACAUGUAGGUAGAGGUAAAGUGACUAGGCAACAGGAUAGAUAAUAAACAGUAGCAGCAGUGUAUGUGAUGAGUCAAACAAUUUAGUGCGGGGGGGGGGGGGGGGGGGGGGGGGGGGGGGGGGGGGGGGGGGGGGGGUGUCAAUGCAGAUAGUCCGGGUAGCUAUUUGGUUAACUAUUUAGCAGUCUUAUGGCUGUUCAGGGUCCUGUUGGGGGUCAUGUUGGUUCAAGACUUGGUGCAUCGGUACCGCUUGCCGUGUGGUAGCAGAAAGAACAGUCUAUGACUUAGGUGGUUGGAGUCUAUAAGCGUCCGGAAUAGUGUUCCGCUCUUUGAAAGCAGCAGCUCUAGCCUUUAGCUCAGUGCAGAUGUUGCAUGGUAUCCAUGGCUUCUGGUUGGGAUAUGUACAUGUGGUCAUUGUGGGGAGACAUAUAUUCCCAUUGUAAUAUGAUACUACUCUACCACAGGAUUUUUCACCCCCCUAGUUCUUUGACUUCUUGUUUGGCCUUGAAUUGUCUAUUUUCUCCCUCUCCACUCUAUGAAACGUCUGUUGUAAAGGGUCCAGUUGUAGGCUAGAUCUACUCUCCUAUGAGUGUUUCUGUGAGAAUGUAAGCUAAGAGCUUAGUUCUGCUAGUCUUGUGAUCUAAUGCCUGUAGCGUAAUGUCCAGAAUAUGAGUUAUUUGGGAGCGGUGGGGCAGCAGAGUUCUGGGAUGAGAAGGAAAAGUGGUAAAACGUAACAAUCGUUUUUCCUGCUUGAGGAAACUGCGGUCUUCUGUUUGACCGACCUAGCCCUCUCUCUCCAGAUACAAAACAUGUUCUUUUCUCUGUGUGUGUCGUGGUUUGCUCUCAAUUAUACACUUACCCACUUGAAGUUUUAGGCUGAAAAACCAUUAUGUUUGGGAUGACUAAUGAACGAAAAUAACAUUAUGUAUUGUUUAAGCUUGGCCAGUGAGUCAAGGUUAUUCUAUGGACAAUCGAAGAAAUUAUGCAGCAUUCAACUCUCACAGAAAACAGUUUUUCCUUGUUUGAAUUGUGUUUUGUCCCACUUCCAGGCAAACCAUUCAGUUCCCAUUUCUAGCUGUGACAGGUUGACUGUAAGCUUAGUUUAGACCUACAUUAAUGCCUAGCUUUGUUUCAACAGCCUCACCUAACUGGUUGUUAAUGUCCCCCCCUGCCUAUCUCUCCCCCAUCCCUCUCUCUUUCUUUCUACCUCUUUCACUUCCACCCUCCACUCCAUCUCCUUGCAGAUUUACGUGUGCUCAGAUGUCCAACCCGGUCCUGGAGAGCAUCAGUAUCAUUGAUACCCCUGGAAUCCUGUCAGGGGAGAAACAGAGGAUAAGCAGAGGUCAGCCUCACACGCAUGCAAAAACACUUGCUUUUAUGUUUUUUCCACUGUCAUUUAUCAGAGUUAUCUCAAUAGAGGUGUCAAGCCUGGCUGUGUCAACCACUAAGUGGGUCAGAGGUAACACAGGCCAUUUAAAGCUCUCCUAAGAUGACAGAAUAGUAUAGAAUACUUCUCUUUUCUGUUGGGAAGUGCAAGUAAAGUAUGAUGUUUGGGGUCCUGGGAAGGGAAGCUGACUAGAACUGAGAUGACUGUGAAUUUCCCCGUAACCCCUACGUUGCACAUUCUUCUGAUAUUGCUCAGCCAAUAUUUUCCCUUAUUGGCUCAUUCUGCUGAUAAUAUUUGGUAAUAUCAUCUCUUAUUGGGACAUUUUUCCCACUACAAGUGAAAGGUUUAGAGAUCAAAGCAACAAGUGUAGCCUAACAGUGAAAUGCUUACUUACGGGUCCUUUUCCACCAAUGCACAGUUGAAGAUAAAGAUUUUUUUAUAGAAAUAGUGACACAAGGAAUAAAUACACAGUGAAUAACAAUACCAAAUAACAUGGCUAUAUACAGGGAGUACGAGGUAGCUAUGUACAUGUAGGUAGGGUUAAAGUGACUAGGCAACAGGGUAGAUAAUAGACAGUAGCAGCAGCGUAUGUGGUGUGUGUGUGGCGUCAGUAUGCAUGUGUGCCCAUGUUUUUGUGUGUGUUGGGGUGUCAGUAUAAGUAUGUGUGGGUAGAGUCCAAAAGGGUCAAUGCAGGUAGUCCGGUUAGCCAUUUGAUUAACUAUUUAGCAGUCUUGUUUAGCAGUCUUAUGGCUUGGGGGUAGAGGCUGUUCAGGGUCCUGUUGGUUCCAGACAUGAACAGCAUCUACCCCAAGCCAUAAGACUGCUAAACAAGACUGCUAAAGAGCUGGGCAGAGAUCCCAAGAGAGUAGAGACAAGGAAAGAAGUGAGAAAGAUGAACAGAGCUAAGAGCUAUGAGAUGAGGGGAAAGUGUGUGUCAAGGUGACCCUGUUUAGCGUUGGGGGGUGAAACGCCAUACUGGAAUACCACAUGCAUACCUCAGACCACUAUGAUUCCACAGACACACACAGGCCUGACUGUAUUGUUCAUCGGGGGUAUGACAGUGCCGGGGGCUGGUAGAGGACUGUGUGUGUGUGUGUGUGUGUUUUAGAAGCAGUUGUGGGUAGACUGGAGAGAGUGGUGCAGCGGUCAUUGUGUGGGGACAGUUGUGUUUCAAACUAUCCAUUUGAUGGAUGGAAUGUCCUCUAAAUCCCACAGGCCUCUGACUUAUCUCUCUCUCUUUUUGUCUCUCUAAAUAUUUCUCUCACUCUGUCUCUGUCUUUCUCUCUCUCUCUCUCUCUCUCUCUCUCUCUCCUGUCUUGCUUGAUAUGGAAGUGUUAUGAUUUCCUUUUUCCCUCACUCUACCGGUGAUUCUGUCUCUUUCAAUCACUUUCUGUUGCUCACAUUUGUUCUCUCACUCACUCUUUCCACUGGCCCCUCCCCUCCACCCCCCUGACUCACACACACACACACACACACACACACUACAACACACAUGCACAAAGCCUCCCCCUGGAAUGCAUGUGCAGCAGAUCUGGUACUGUUUGGUGUGGCCAGCUGCGUAGAUUAGCUUUUUAGACUGACUGACUGCAUUCUUCUCUGAUCAGAUGACGGGCCCUAAUGAAAACCAUAAUUCCCCCUCUCCAUUACUUUUUCUUUCCUUUUCUGUCUUUUUUAAAGAGCCUUGGAUCGCCGUGCCAGAACUCCCCAGGCUUCUGUUCAGAAAUGGAAAAGGCCUCUCUGUUCCUAUUUCUUUUCAGCCUCAUCUGUUUUUUUUGUGUGUUUUUUUAACUUAUUUUUAAGGUUAAAUAGGAUGGAACUAAAUACGUUUGAAUAUUUGGACAGUAUCAGAGACAUUUUGAAACAUGCUGCAUAGGGUCUAUAGUUUCAGUAUGUAGGUCAGUAGUGUUGUCAAUUAUAGGAUCAAUAGGCACUACAAAGCCUAUUCCCCCUCAGGAGACUGAAAAGAUUUGGCAUGGGUCCUCAGAUCCUCAAAAAAUUCUACAGCUGCACCAUCGAGAGCAUCCUGACUGGUUGCAUCACCGCCUGGUAUGGCAACUGCUUGGCCUCCGACCGCAAGGCACUACAGAGGGUAGUGCGUACGGCCCAGUACAUCACUGGGGCCAAGCUUCCUGCCAUCCAGGACCUCUAUACCAGGCGGUGUCAGAGGAAGGCCCUCAAAAUUGUCAAAGACUCCAGCCACCCUAGUCAUAGACUGUUCUCUCUGCUACCGCACGGCAAGCGGUACCGGAGUGCCAAGUCUAGGUCCAAAAGACUUCUCAACAGCUUCUACCCCCAAGCCAUAAGACUCCUGAACAGCUAAUCAUGGCUACCUGGACUAUUUGCACUGCCCCCCCCCCACCCCCACCCCCCACCCCAUCUUUUUACGCUGCUGCUACUCUGUUAAUUAUUUCUGCAUAGUCACUUUAACUCUACCCACAUGUACAUAUUACUUCAACUACCUCAACUAGCCGGUGCCCCCGCACAUUGACUCUGCACCGGUACCCCCCUGUAUAUAUAGCCUCCCUACUGUUAUUUUAUUUUACUUCUGCUCUUUUUUUCUCAACACUUUUUUUGUUGCUUUAUUUUUACUUUUUUUGUUAAAAAUAAAUGCACUGUUGGUUAAGGGCUGUAAGUAAGCAUUUCACUGUAAUGUCUGCACCUGUUGUAUUCGGCGCAUGUGAUCAAUAAAAUUUGAUUUGAUUUGUUAGUGUGAAACCCACAGAAUACACCACAACCCUCAACUCAAUACUCCCUUUUCCUCUUCAGUUUGUCAGUCCGCCAUCUCAUCUUUCUCCCCACAAUCUCAUUUGGGGUUCCUCCUCAACAUAAGUGUUGUUGAUAGACACAGUCCAGACUGGUGUGUGUGUGUGUGUGACUCCACCGUAACCCCCCUCCCCUUGUCGUUCUCCAGGGUAUGACUUUGCAGCGGUACUGGAGUGGUUCGCGGAACGUGUGGACCGCAUUAUCCUCCUGUUUGAUGCCCACAAGCUGGACAUCUCAGACGAGUUCUCUGAGGUGAUCUGCGCCCUGAAAAACCACGAGGACAAGAUGCGCGUGGUGCUGAACAAGGCUGACCAGAUCAACACGCAGCAGCUGAUGAGAGUCUACGGCGCCCUCAUGUGGUCGCUGGGGAAGAUCAUCAACACCCCCGAGGUGACUCAUUAUUUCAUUUUCUUCGACAAAGGUGCGUCCGAAAUCACACCCUAUUCCCUAUGGCAUAUAUAUACAGUGCUGCCAAGAGUGUGCAAAGCUGUCAUCAAGGCAAAGGGGUGGCUAUUUGAAGAAUCUCAAAUAUAAAAUAUAUUUUGAUUUGUUUAACACUUUUUUGUUUACUACAUGAUUCCAUAUGUGUUAUUUCAUAGUUUUGAUGUCUUCACUAUUAUUCUACAAUGUAAAAAAAUUGUCAAAAUAAAGAAACCCUUGAAUGAGUAGGUGUGUCCACAUUUUUGACUGGUAGUGUAUGUAUGUGUGUGUGUAUUGUGGUCCUCAGGUGGUGAGGGUGUACAUCGGGUCGUUCUGGGCCCAGCCUCUCCUGAUCCCUGACAAUAGGAAGCUGUUUGAGGCUGAGGAACAGGACUUGUUCCAGGACAUCCAGGGGCUUCCCCGGAACGCAGCGAUACGGAAACUCAACGACCUCAUCAAGAGGGCACGGCUGGCUAAGGUGAAACAUGGGGACGGGUAGGGGGAGGGUUCCCCAGAUGGGUGUAGGGAAGGUAUGAGGGGACUUUAGCAGAGAGGAACAGAGUUAAAGUUAGUAGUAUUUUGUUGUGGGUCAACAGGUAGUUUCUAAAGGAUGUUUGAACCCUUGUACAUGUCAAUGCCUACAUCAUCAGCUGGUUUAUUAUGGCAGAAUAUCAGUCUGGGUCAAUAGCUUCUUUCUAUAGGUUGUGUGAACUUUGAACCCUUGUCCAGGUCCAUGCCUACAUCAUCAGCUCUCUGAAGAAGGAGAUGCCCAGUAUGUUUGGGAAGGAGAACAAGAAGAAGGAACUGAUUGCCAACCUGGGAGAGACGUACCUGAAGAUAGAGAGGGAACAUCAGAUCUCCCCCGGAGACUUCCCUAAACUCAAGAAGAUGCAGGUGAGAUGGAGCCUAUUGAUGGAAUAGUUUCCGUACAGAUGUCCACACCAGAGGUUAAUCAGUGUGACUUUACAAACUGAAGUGUUAUCCCAUCCUCUGUAUUAUGUUGUAGAAGAAAUGAAGACCAUCCAAUGAUGAACAUAAUCUUUGUUAAUGACCUCAGACCUUUAACAUAGUAUUCAUCUCCCCUCGCCUUCGUCUCUGUAGGAGCUCCUGGCUGGCCACGACUUCUCUAAGUUCUCUACCAUGAAGCCCAAGCUGCUAGAGGCUGUGGAGGACAUGUUGGCCAACGACAUCGCCCGCCUCAUGACCCUGGUCCGCCAGGAGGAAGCCGCCAUGCCCAGCCAAGUUGUCCACGGAGGCGCCUUCGAGGGCACCAUGUCUGGCCCCUUCGGCCACGGCUAUGGAGAGGGCGCCGGGGAAGGCAUCGACGAGCUGGAGUGGGUGGUGGGCCGGGACAAACCCUCGUACGAUGAGAUCUUCUACACGCUGUCGCCGAUCAACGGUAAAGUGUCGGGCGCGGCAGCCAAGAAGGAGAUGGUGAAGUCCAAGCUGCCCAACACGGUCCUGGGCAAGAUCUGGAAGCUGGCCGACGUGGAUAAGGAUGGUUACCUGGACGACGAGGAGUUUGCGUUGGCCAAUCACCUGAUCAAGGUGAAGCUGGAGGGGCAUGAGCUGCCGGGGAAGCUUCCGGAACACCUGGUGCCACCUUCUAAACGCCACCAGGAGAUUGAUAUGGGAGAGUGAUAUGGGACUGGGAGGAAGGGGGAAAACUUCAAUCUAAUGAGCCAGAGAGACACUGGGGAGGGCUGGG